AUGUUGACCCUCAAUGCCGAGGCCCUCGCGGCGCUGGAGGGGACUAACGAACAUAAUUCGCAUCAAUAUGAUCCAGCAGUUCAACGCACCGAAGAGUGGGUUUUCAUCGACACUCCAGCAGCACAUGUCAGUGUUCUUCAACAAUCCUCUCGAGAGUCGAAGUGUUCAGUCUAUAGCGUGGAUAGCCAGCCUGUGAGCACCGUCGACCCUUUGGCAGCACUUAUCAGUGCUUAUCAACACUCCCCUCCAAAGUCGAAGAGCUCAGUCUAUAGCGGGGACAGCGAGCAUAUGAGCAGCGUCGACAUUCCGGCACCACUUUUCAGUGUUCGUCAACAAUCCCCUCGAGAGUCGAAGAGGUUAGUCUAUAGCAUGAACAGUGAGCAUAUGAACAUUGUUGGAAAGAAUACAAUUCUCCCCGAAGGAGGUCAGGAUAUCAUUCGCAAAGACGACGAGGCUGACGAUGAGGCUGACGGCAACGGCUCUGCAUUAUCUGAGGAUGUCGAUUCCGAGAAUGCAAAGGACAUUUCCCUCGAACUCAGCAAUCACAAGACUACAUUAGGUGACUCGGUCAAUACCUCCGCUUUACGAGACCGCCUUCAAGCUAUGGGUGCCACUUUCACAGUUGCUGGUGAGCUUCUUACAUACGGUAAUCCUGAUUCCGAGUCGGCCUUUCAGGAGAUGGUCCUUCAUCUUGGACCACAUUACGAUACUGAGUGGAACGUAUCCUUUAGAAGCCCGAAGCCUAGAGCUGAUAGGUACCUGUGGCCCGACCUUCGCGUCUUGAAGAAAGUACUCGGCAAUGAGGAUGUGCUGUUCAACAUCCAUCACGAGCGUCUUACAUCUGGAGACUCCAGUCCCAAGAUGCUCCGACUCGGAAAAGCCUACGAUUUGAUGUUCCAACAGUGGCUUGAAUUUAUGGGAGCCGUUCUCCACAGCAGCGAUGAUCAAGAGCUAGGAGAAUCGUCUUCCCAAGCACCCGGCGUCAUUGGUUCGAAAAUUCCAGAUGCCCCAAUGAAAGAUGUAGCCCAAGCUGUACCAACUCCGAUAUUGGGUUACAUGGCUCGUGAUAACAUCUCCACAUGCUCUGAAGUACCACGCAACCUUGGAUGGCGUUUCAGUGACGAAGAAACUUCGGUUCCUGGUUGGUGCGAACCACAGCCAUUGGACUUCAGUACCCCUACGGAUGGCAACCGAGAUGACCAUGGGAACAACAAAGCAAAGCUCUUGGCUGAUGUAGACCAACAAGUUCAUCCUGCAUUACGAGCAGUUCCAAUUCAUGACUUCGGCAUCGUCCCGGCUUCUGAGGUAGCGUCUGGUCAUCCGUUGGACGUGGAAAAUCAAGUUGAGAUGACUUUACAAGAUGUGCUCUCAGUCGGCCCUCCGAACGGAAUCGAGGAGCCUGAGCCGGACAAAUCAACUCCCCCUCAGGCUGUAGAGUCUAUCGACGGAGCCGGGAAGAAUGCAACUCCAAAGAUGAAGAAGACCAGUCGAAUUUCUGGCAUCUUGAAGAAGGCCAUCAUCCGGGGCAGUCAGAAAGCGAUGCCUGCUCAGUUCUAA